UUCAGCUGCAUCCCGGCCAGACGGGAAGGGCCUCCGGAGCUCAGCUAUUUCCACCGGGAGGCCAAGACAGGAGAUGUUUCCAAUUAUGAUUCCAUUUUUAAAAGACCAGAGGGUUACAACAAAAAUCUUCACCGAUGUGACAGAGAACAUGCAAAGAGUCGUGGUCUUAACAUCAAUGAGGAGGAAAUGGCAAGACCUGUCGCUGUUUUGUCAUCUUCAGAGUAUGGGAGACGCAUAAAUAAGCCUAUAGAGCAGCUGAUCAGAGAUCAUGCAAGGAUUAAUCAUGUGCAGGCAGAAUUCUACAGGAAAAAUGGCAUCACCUGCUUAUUGGAAAAACCUUCUCCAAGCCUGGAUCCAUGCUAAGUCUCUUGUACCUGUCAUUACCAGCAACAUUUAUGUGGAAAAAACCCCACCUCACAUCAAAAAGCAAUAUGGUGCUUUUGCCUUUUCCUCUACCUUUUAGUUAAUGAGCAUGAUUUGGAUUAAAAAUGGGAUAAAUAGCAGCUGUACUUUUCUUCCUGCUACUGCAAAUGCAUGUCUUCUCCUUACAGUCUCAUAAAAAUCUCACGAAGAAGAGCAUCAGCAAGAGCUGAACAUUUUAGGUAGCAAGACUGGAAAUAAGACCUGUUGGGUCAACAGCUGUCUCUCUGCUAUUUUAGGCAGUGCUUCUACAUAACUAUUCACAGACUUAACAUUUAAGUGAGCUUGCUCCUCAAGGUUAUCAGAGGUCACUGACUUCUUAAUCCUUACAGUGUUGCUACAAAAUUGCUAGGUGUUAUUUUAUCUGCACAACAGCUGAAUUGGGGAUUCAACCCAAAGUUUCCAAAAUGGACGUGCUUACCCAUAAAUAGGCAAGUAAAGAAAUGGUCUGACUUAGAGAAGUGCUUAGCAGUUUCAGUAGAAUUCAAGUGGAAGUUAAGUUAAAGGGAACUUCUGACUACUUAGCAUUUAAAUAGACAAAAUCUGGAUUUCAGACAUCCAUUUCACUGACUUUCACUAUAUGAAUGGUGUCUGAGGGAUUGAUCUGUUCAAGAGUGUCACAAGAAAAAUCAUCUUUGGUUCUGUAUCCAAUGCUGAAAAAAAGAAAAAAAGAAGUAA